AUGUCCGACGACAGAAAAGAAGAAGCCGCUGAGGAGGAGGAGGUCACCUGUCAGCCCCUCCCCCCUCCUCAUUCCUCUGUUGCGGUGGACACGCUGAUGUCACUGAGGAGGCAGGACCUCGUCUGCAUCGUGUGCUUUGGCAGUUACGACCUGGCGACCCGGUUGCCGCGGCGACUGCACUGCGGGCACGCCUUCUGCCAGGCGUGUCUGAAGAGACUGGACACGUCAUCAAUGAACAGAGUCCUGGCAGGAGCCGCUGCCCUCAUACUGUACUUCCUGUCUUCAAACUGGCCUCCUCCAGCCUCAGAGGCUGUGUUCGGUCCUGGUUCUGCUGCCCACUCGCCAAGCUCAUUCCGAGGGCGCUUUCCAACAGUGUGGAUCCCGUGUCCUCAGUGUCGACAGAACACGCCUCGGCCCAGAGGAGGAGCAGCAGGUCUGGACCUGGACUUGGCCUCGUUCCUGGGAGUGAAGGCCCAGCAGACCUGCGCCUCCUCAGGCUCCCUGUCCUCCUGGAGCUCCGGCCGCAGGGAGGGGGCUUCACCCAGUGACCCGGCUCAGGACGGGAAGCUGUGGUUGGGGAAAGAAGUCCCCGAUGACGGCUGGUUGCACGGAGGUCUGGCUGAGCCACGUUUCCAUCGCUACGGCAACUGUUGCCCGCCGCCGUCCUACUGGUUGUGCUGCUGGUUCUGCUGCCCGGGGCGGGGCUAGGACGGACCAAUGAGUGUGCUGUCUUUAGUUCUCCUUUCUGUUGGUGAAGGUUUUUUGCUCUGAUAGAUGUAAACUGCUAAUAAACGUGUUCCUGAAAUCCUGACUGAUCAUUUCAUCACAUUUACAAGCAAGUACGUGAAUUAAUUCCACAUUCUGUCAAAGAUAUUCAGACUGAAUACAAACAAAUAACUAGACUGAACAGGGUCCAGACCACCUCGCAAACCACCUGUAGGCCACCACGGUAGGGCACCACAUAGGGCACCAUGCAGGUCACCAAGCAGACCACCACGUAGGGAACCACGUAGGGCACCAUGCAGACCACCAUGCAGGCCACGACGUAGGGCACCACGUAGGGCAC